CCACACGGCCAGUAGACACGGACCACAGUGACGGACAGUAACAGUUACAGUACGUGUGGAGGUGUCGUGUACGGGCAGACCAGAGACAGGAAAACAAACAGCAGACAACAGUAGACUAUAGACCCUCUCCCCUGUAUUGCCUGUUAGUGUACACGAGGCUGGAGUAACUUAAGAGAUAGUGAAGCUUGAUAGUACGGAGGAAUGCUGGUGAAGAUAAGGUGGUGGCGAUGAAGGUGCUGCCACCAAGUUAGACGACAGACAGUUCCUGGUGGGACUGAAGGAGGAGCUUGGAGUGACUGAUUAGGCCUUUAAAGGUCUUUACUUGAAGGAAAGGAGGAGCUUGGACGCAGUCAUCCUCGACCAUGUCUGGUGAGGUAGAGUACUUCAGCAUCUUAGACAACAAGGUAGCCACCAAGACCUACUGGGAGUCCCGUAUGCUGGCCACCAUGGACGACGGAGGCUGGGAGAGUGUGGCCAACGUCCGCUUUCAGCCUAUCCCCGGGGCCACACCUGUCAUCGUUCAGACGGACGACGCCACAGAGACAGUUACACCUCCACCAGAGUUCAUCCCAGCACCGCCACCACAGUUCGACAAUUCCCCCAUCGAGUCGGAGGAGUCGUCGCCGCCCUCUCUGGAAGCACCCCCAACCAAGCAGACCCCACCUGGCCCUCUUAUUACCCAGGACGCUAGACCCACCAAGCAGUACGUCUACGGCAUCACCGAUACAACGCCCAAGGAGAUGCGCAGCAGUGCUCGUAUAGUGGAGACAGUAGCCAAGAAGCCUCCAUCACAAGAAAGCGCCAUAGAGGCAGAGAUCCGCGCCCAACAGCUGAAGGAGGUAGAGUUGCGCCAGCAUGGGACGCUCAAGAACACGGUGGGGCGUGAGAAGGGCGCUUCCUCCCCUGCCAGCCAUGAGUCCGAUGAGGGCUUCGUGGACCGUCUGGCUGAGGACGUCCCCGCUGUCCCCAACAGUGGCUACACACACGCCAUCCCCGGCAAUGAUGGUGAACCUGUCAUCUAUGAUGCCGUCAGCCCUCCACCUGAAUACUUCUCAGAGAGGAACACCCCCACACCAACUGCGUCCACCACGGAGACCAAGAUUGCCCUGGAGAUCCGUGAACUGAAGGAACGCGAGGAGGAGCUGCGUCAGAUGAGAGAACGCCUUAUGGGCUCGAGGGAGAAUUUGCUUGAUGAUGAGGAAGUUAGGAGCUCAGCCUCGAGGGAACAGCUUCUUGAGGACCACCUGACCUCCCUCACCACCACGACAGAUGAAGGAAACUUCUCUGAGUGUGGUGAUCCAGCAUCCUCUGAGGACAAAAGUAGUGACGGAUCAAACAGCCGCAUCAUGUCCCCAGACCUUCACCACCCUGGUACCAACCUAGACUACGGCCGCAGAAAGGUCACCGUCAAGCCCUUUGAGGACGAGGAGGAAGAUCAACCCGUCUAUACAAGGAUGCAGAAGGAGUCUGUCAUCGAGAGGGAGAUUCGAUUGUCCAGGGAACGGGAGGAAGCCUACAGGAAGGAGAAGGGACUCAUAAACUCUACCAUCAAUUCAUCUUGUCGGUCUACUGGCCAGACAACGAGGGCCACCCCAGUGGUUAAAAGUGAUGGCCGGGAUGUUCAGCACCGCAUUGCCACCAACAGGAUCCAAUUGGAGAUCAACGAGACGAACGUGAAGGAAAAGGAACUCAGAGCUGCCGGUAAAAUCCUGACAACUUCUGAGGAGACAGUUGAUGCCAAGGUGACCCGCAUGUCAGAUUUUACCGAUCUGAACCAAAAUGAGAGCCCACGGACAAGACCUACUCCCUCCCGACCAAGUAACUUCAGUACACCAUCAUCCACUCCGAAGCGUAGUCCUUCACCCCUCAGUCCAUCCUCCCCAGUGCCCAACUUUACACCUUCCCCAGCCUUAUCUCGAGGCCUCUCCAGGAGUCUAUCCACAAACAACCUGGCUAGUCCUACAUCCUUGACUAACCCAAGGGCUCCCAAGGGCCUCAUGCAGAAGUUUAUAGCUUCUCGGGGCAAGAUGACAGGCUCAGCGUUUGCAUCCCCUCCACCUACUCUUACACACACCACCUCCCGGGGUAUCUCCACCAGGCCUAUGAGGGUGGAACCUAAGGCAGCAGUUGUACAGCGAGAAACUCUGUCCAGAAUGAAACCACAGCAAGUGGACACCAGUGUCAGUCAGGAGCAAACAUUACAGACUCAAAAACAGCAAAAUAAUGUACAGCAGCAAUAUCGUCGUUCUUAUUGUACAGCUGAAGAGAAGAUACAGUCUGAGCUGAAGGAGAUGCAGAUGCGAGAAGAGGAACUCAGACAAUUACGUGCCUGCCAGUUGGCUCAAUCACAACCAAAUCUGAUGGAUAUAGGUAUUGAGGAAGAUGAGCAGGUGGAGGAAGAAAAUGACUACAGUUUCCAAGAGGUGAAUGGCCUCCGCACUGCCCUCUCCAACCCUAACCUCCUUGAUGAUGAACCAGACAAAUCACAGGUAAUGGAUAAGGGGGUGAGGCGACGCAGUGCCUUGAUUGCCCAAUGGGAAAAUCGCAUUCAGCAGACCACAGACACCUGAGCCCGCAUUCCUGGAAGCAUUUGGUGCUUGUGAGAGCAAGUUAUGCCAUAUGCCAACAGCAGGCCAGCUCAUCCUUGGCAGCCAUAAGGGUUACUAUCUUGCAGCUCUACAUAGCUUCUUGAUUCCCAUAUUAACCAUAUCAGAAAGGCCGCAGUUAGCUGUUUCCCUUGUCUGUUGAUUUGGUCGUAGUGUCAUUUUAUAUAAUUGCUGCCAGGAAUUAAAUUUUUUGUAUACAUAUAAAUUGUUUGUAGAGUUUUGUCUGGCUGCUGUGGCCAUUCUUGUGAUUAUAGUGUGAUAUAGUAUUGAUUAUAAUUCUUUAAGUAAACUGCUUAAAUAUUAUAUAAUAAUCACGGUUAGCAGGGUAGUGGAGAACGUUCACAUGAUAAUCAAUAUCCUCAAUACAGUAAUCUUUUUUGACACAUGAACAGAUCCCUCCCUCAUCCAGUUCUUCACUUCUAUGAAGGAUAUACUGUAAACAGUUUACAGUUACAGUGCUUCCUAUUAUACUGUAAUUAAUGUAUGCAGAAAAUGGCAUAUGUGUGCUUUCUAGUUGUGGAUGUUGUCCGCAGGCAGAGUAAUUUAUGUGACAGGAGAAAGGGGCCUUUUUAGUCUUCAUGUACAUAUGUAGAUUAUGCAAUAUGUUUUUAUUUAGUACUUAAAACUUAUAAAAGUGUAUGAUUUAUGCUUUAUCAGCUGCAUAUUUUUAUUGUUGAUUAAUAAUCCUUUGUAUGUUAUUUUAGGAAUAACGUAAGUGUAAGGUUAAUACUAUUGUACCCUAUGGCGAGUCUGCAGGCAGGAUUAUCAGGCAGCAGCCUUUAGCCCAGGUGUAUCAUGUUGCACAAAUAAAAGCUUAUGAUUAUA